GACCCGGAAGUAGUUUUUGCACUCGGUGGAGACUCUCUAGGCAUGCGGGCGGGGGACUCGAUAGCCGGAAGUCAUCCCGGCUCAGGCUGCGUUCAUCCCUGCGGGUGUAGACAGCAGUCAGCUUAAGGUGGCAAUCGGAAUGGCAGAUCGAGCUGCGCUGGAGGAGCUGGUGCGACUUCAGGGAGAGCACGUACGGGGCCUCAAGCACCAGAAGGCCAGCGCUGAGCAGAUCGAGGAGGAGGUGGCAAAACUCCUGAAACUGAAGGCACAGCUGGGCCCUGAUGAAAGCAGACAGAAGUUUGUGCUCAAAACCCCCAAGGGCACAAGAGACUACAGUCCUCGGCAGAUGGCAGUUCGGGAAAAGGUGUUUGAUGUAAUCAUCCGGUGCUUCAAACGUCAUGGUGCAGAAGUGAUUGAUACACCUGUGUUUGAACUAAAGGAAACACUGACUGGAAAGUAUGGAGAAGACUCAAAGCUUAUUUAUGACCUGAAGGACCAGGGUGGGGAGCUGCUGUCACUUCGUUAUGACCUCACUGUUCCUUUUGCUCGAUAUUUGGCAAUGAAUAAACUGACCAACAUUAAACGCUACCACAUAGCAAAAGUGUAUCGGCGGGAUAACCCAGCCAUGACCCGAGGCAGAUACCGGGAAUUCUACCAAUGUGAUUUUGACAUUGCUGGACAAUUUGACCCCAUGAUCCCUGAUGCAGAGUGCCUGAAGAUCAUGUGUGAGAUCCUGAGUUCACUUCAGAUAGGUGACUUCCUGGUCAAGGUAAAUGAUCGGCGCAUUCUGGAUGGGAUGUUUGCCAUCUGUGGUGUUCCUGAUAGCAAGUUCCGUACCAUCUGCUCCUCAGUGGACAAGCUGGACAAGGUAUCAUGGGAAGAAGUGAAGAAUGAGAUGGUGGGAGAGAAGGGCCUUGCGCCAGAGGUGGCUGACCAUAUUGGGGACUACGUCCAACAGCAUGGCGGAGUGUCCCUGGUGGAGCAGCUGCUACAGGAUCCUAAACUAUCUCAAAACAAGCAGGCCUUAGAGGGCCUGGGAGACCUGAAACUGCUAUUUGAAUACCUGACCCUGUUUGGCAUUGAUAACAAGAUCUCCUUUGACCUGAGCCUUGCUCGAGGGCUGGACUAUUAUACAGGGGUGAUCUAUGAGGCAGUGCUGCUACAGACCCCAACUCAGGCAGGGGAAGAACCCCUGGGUGUAGGCAGCGUGGCUGCUGGAGGGCGCUAUGAUGGGCUGGUGGGCAUGUUUGACCCCAAAGGGCGCAAGGUACCAUGUGUAGGACUCAGCAUUGGGGUGGAGCGGAUCUUCUCCAUUGUAGAGCAGAGACUGGAGGCUUUGGAAGAGAAAGUACGGACCACAGAGACACAGGUGCUUGUGGCAUCUGCACAGAAGAAGCUGCUGAAAGAGAGACUGAAGCUUGUAUCAGAGCUAUGGGAUGCUGGGAUCAAGGCCGAGCUGCUCUACAAGAAGAACCCAAAGUUACUGAACCAGUUGCAAUACUGCGAGGAAUCAGGCAUACCACUGGUGGCCAUCAUCGGCGAGCAGGAGCUCAAGGACGGGGUCAUUAAACUACGUUCAGUUGCUAGCAGAGAAGAGGUGGAUGUCCGAAGAGAAGACCUUGUGGAGGAGAUCAGAAGGAGAACAAGCCAGCCCCUCUGCAUCUGCUGAACUGAGCAAACUACUGGAGGAAGCGGGCCUGGCACUAUAUGAGGCUAAACCAAAACUGCAUAUGUACUUCAACAGCUUUGCAUACUUCAUGUUCCAGCAGAACACCUGAAGAGUGGUCAGAACAGAGACUUUUGUUUUUAUUAUGAUUAUCUUAUUUAUAAUCACUGGCAAAAAAAAAAAAAAAUGGCCAGUUACUGUCCCUUGGGGAUUAGUCCAGUUUCUGCCUCCUAAGCUCCUGGGAUGGACCUGAGAUGACCUCAUCUGCAGGGCCCCACAUCAGAUGGAGCAGCCUCCCCACAACCUGUGGCCAAAGGUCUAAUAAAAUGCCUCAACCA